UAUCAAAGUGACAAACAUUAUGAUCAUAUGGAUCAUAUGUUUUUAUUCACUCACUAAAGUUCAUUGCUGAAUAAAGAUUAUCAACUUUUUAUCAUUUUUUUAUAAAAAUAAUUAAACUAAUUUUUGUCCUAUAAAAGAAAAUUAAUAAUAACUAAUUAUUAUUAAUUUACAACGACGCAGCAGUGUUUACAUGUUAAGCAGUUUAUCAUUGGUAAAAAAAUUAACCAGUGGUUUAUCAGUUUUAUCAAAAAAACUUCAUAUUCAUUCAUCAGUAAUGUCAAAGUUUGAUUUACCAGAAAGACUAAAGGGCAACGACAAAUCAGUUUGGGUUGAAUAUGUUGCACUUGCUCAACAAUACAAACCAUUAGCAAAUCUUGGUCAAGGUUUUCCUGAUUUUCAUGCACCAGAAAAUGUCACAAAUGCUUUAGCAAAAAUAACAACUGAUGUUAAUCCACUAUUUAAUCAAUAUACACGAGGAUUUGGUCAUCCAAGACUUGUAAAUGCACUUGGACAAGUAUAUUCAAAAGUUUUAAAUCGAAAUAUUGAUUCAAAUAAAGAAAUAUUAGUAACAGCUGGUGCAUAUGAAGCACUUUUUGCUUCAAUUCAAGGUCAUACAAAUCCUGAUGAUGAAUGGAUUAUUAUUGAACCAUUUUUUGAUUGUUAUGAACCAAUGGUUAGAACAGCUGGUGGUGUACCAAGAUUUAUUCCUCUAAAACCAACAAAAACAAGUGGUACUGUAACAUCUGCUGAUUGGGUAUUUGAUGAAAAAGAAAUGGAAAGUUUAUUUAACAAAAAAACUAAAGGAAUUAUCAUAAAUACACCUCAUAAUCCAGUUGGAAAAGUUUUUACAUUAAAAGAACUUGAAUUUAUUGCAAAUUUAGCCAAAAAAUGGGAUGUUUUAGUUAUUUCUGAUGAAGUUUAUGAAUGGAUGGUUUAUGAACCAGUUAAACACAUUAGAAUUGCUACACUACCAGACAUGUAUGAACGUACUAUAACAAUUGGUUCAGCUGGUAAAACAUUUAGUGUUACUGGAUGGAAAACUGGAUGGGCAAUUGGUCCAGAAAAUUUACUUUUUAAUUUAAAAGUAAUUCAUCAAAAUAGUGUUUACACUUGUAAUACACCAAUUCAGGAAGCAAUUGCAAUUGGUUUUGAAGAAGAAUUAAAAAGAUUCGAUCAAGAUGAUUGUUAUUUUAAAAGUUUAGCCAGAGAAUUACUACCAAAACGUAAUUUUAUGGCAAACUUUUUAACAGACAUUGGUAUGGUACCAACAAUUCCAGAAGGUGGUUAUUUUAUGAUGGCUAAUUGGAAAACACUUGAAAAUAAUGUACAACUUGAAAAUGAACCAGAUGAAUAUAAAGAUUAUAAAUUUACAAAAUGGAUGAUUAAAAAUGUUGGUGUACAAGGUAUACCACCAUCUGCUUUUUACAGUUUAGAUCAUAAAAAAUUGGGUGAAGAAUAUGUUAGAUAUUGUUUUAUAAAGAAAGAUGAAAAUCUUCAGAUUGCCGAAAAAAUAUUACGUAAAUGGAAAUCCGAUCAAAGUAAUUAAUUUUUUGUAUUGCCAAUUAUUUGAUAAAUAUAUUUUUUAUAAAAAUUUUGU